GCAAAGGCGUGGUCAUAGCACCGAUGUACCUGUGGACGGCAGGGGGCAUGUCGUAUCGGAGCAGGGAGUUGGUGUCGCACGUAGUGGGGCAGCUGGAGACCUUGGGAACGCCGUGGAUCAUAGGGGGCGACUUCCAGGUUAAGCCAGAGAUUCUCGCUGAGGUGGAGUCGCUGAAGAUUGCCGAGGCGUGCGUCACAGCGCCGAAUGCGGCGUGUGGGGCGUGCAGACAUGCUCGCGGCAACAGCGAGAUCUAUUACUUCAUCGUGUCCGACUCGGUGAAGGCGCAGGUCGAGGGUGUGCAAGUGCAGGAGGAGUGGCCAUCUGCACCACGCAAGCCCGUAGGCAUCACUAUUGAGCUGAAGGUGGUGGAGCGAAGAGUGCGGGUCUUGGGGAAGCCGAAGCCCAUGCCAGAGUUGCAGAUCGGAUGUGCGCCAGCGCCGCCGAGCUACCAGCAGAUUGGGCCGUUCGACGCGCAAGUGGACGCGGGCCAGGAGUGGGCCAGGUGCAUGCGCAAGCUCGAGCAGGAGGCUUUCGCAAUCAGGGGCAUGGUGUGGGGCGAGAAGGACCCGCGCGCUGGGCGAUCAGAGAUCCCGACGUGGAGGAUCAAGCCCCCCACAUUUGGUGGAAACAACCUGCCAAAGACAGCGGGGCAAGCGAUAUGGUGGAGGUGGCUGUCUAGGUCCUUGCGCAACUUGCAGGGCGCUGACGCGAGGUUGCGCGCGACGGCGGAGCACUGGGACAAGCGCGUGCGUGAGGUCAAGGAGCGGGAGAGGUUGUUCAAGAUAAAGGGCAACCGCAUGAGGCACCUCUCCGCGGAGGAGCAGGGCGUUUGGCAGGCGCGGUGCGAGUUGCUGGCGAGCGGUCGUUGGCGAGGUUGUGCGCAGAGAGACGAGUUGCAGGAGCUAUGCCAGGAGGCAGCCACCGCGUCAAAGAAAACGGACCAGCAGCUCACCAAGGAAAGGCGAGCGAAGUGGGCAGAAAAGCUCGAGGCGGCGGCGGCGGGCUCGGCGGGGGGCCUGCGCAAGCUGAGCAAACCAGUGGCGGUUUGGCGGCCGAGGCGUGCAGACUCAAUGGCGGAGUCAGCGGACCCUUUGGAAGCGGCGGAGUUUGCUUUGAAAGAGUGGAAGGCAGUGUGGCCGUGGGAGAUCGAGGCUAGGGAGCAGCUGGGCGAGUUCACGGACGAGGAUGUGGUUAAGCUGAAAGGCUUAGCGCGGACAUUUAGAAAGAAGACGGGAGUGUGUGUUGACAGGUGGCGCCCAUCGCUGCUGCAGGGGGCGUCGGGCGGGGCGUGCGAGACGCAGCUGGCCAUCUUGCAAGAGGUGGAGAGGGCGCUGGUGUGGCCAGUACACGUGGGAACAGUGUUGUUUUUCAUGAUCCCCAAGACUUUCGCCGCGGACAGGGAGAACCAGAGAUCCUGGGGCUGCGCGAGUUUCGGCAAGGCAGCGGAGGACGCUGCCUGGGACGUCUUUCUCAGCCAUGAGAUGGGCGACCCAGACUUUCAGGACGAGCGCGCGGAGGCGACGAUCGCGGCCAUCCUCGACUUCGUUAAGGCGUUCGAGCGGGUAAGCCUCUUCGUGCUCUGGGAGGCAGGCAAGCAGCUCAAAUUCCACACAGGAGUCCUGGCGGUGGUGUGCUCAUACUUUGCCAUGGCGAGAAGGCUCAUAGUGGCAGAGUCGGUGUCGAGCGAGACGAGCACGGUGGCGACCACCAUAGCAGGCAGCAAGUUCUCGGUCAGCUUCCUCAAGAUGGUCAUCCAGACGACGGUUGACGGUCUGGCGGUCGAGAGGCCGAUCGCCACAUGGAGGAUGUACGUGGGCGACUUGUGCGUCAGGCUCAGGAGGCAGCAUCAGCGCGUG